AUGGACGAGGAAAAGGUGAUAGAAUAUAUCAAUGAACGCUUGUUUACUGAGGUGAAGCCCGUAUUAUUCACAGACUUAAUAUCGUAUUUUAAUUGCGGGCCAUCAGCAGCAAAGAGGCACCUGUAUACGUAUUACAAGAAGACCACAACUGCAAAAUUCAAUUGUGUUUUAAUGGUUUGCUAUAAUGAUGAUACUAUUAAAAUGCUCCAUGAUAUCAAUGAUAUUGGGGACCAGGAGGCUGUAACGGAUUGCUUCAUUUAUGCCCUCAACCCAAUGGAACAAUUUAACCCAGCAAUGACCUCUUCUUACAAAUACGAUCAACUAAUAAUAAGGAAUCCUAAUAAGGUAGUUACUAGUGAUACUGAGAUGAAGAGAGCUAAGACAUUAGAAGAAAAGACUACUGGAAAACCUGUGAAACCUAGUGUGAGAGCGAAAACGGUACCUGAAGUCAAGGAAGAACCAAAACAAGAAGCUAAGAAGCCAAACAAGAAAGAAAUGGGGUUGAGGUCGACUGCAAUUCUAGCUAAAAUGAGGAAAGAAAGAGAAGAAAAGGAAGCAGCAAGACAAGCUGAAUUACGUAGAAGAAAAUUGAAGGCCGAAGAAAGGGUAAACAGUGAUCCUAAGAGAAAGGCUCAGAUGGAGGAGUUGAACCAAUUGUUUGUCAAUGAUGAAGAUGAUGAUGAACUUCUUGAUUCAGACACAAACAAUAACAACAACAAUAGUGUUGAGGCUCCACCCGUAAAGGAGGCCGUCGAACCUACUAAGCAAAAUGAGCUAGAAGAUUUACUGGACACUACAGUUGAUGAUUCCUUAAUGGAUCUUCCCGAUUCUGUACCUGCUACUUCCCCUGAAACAAACGGUACUUUGCAAGAAAAACCAUCCGAAGAUUCUGAACCUUCUGUGACCACUUACGUCGACAAAGAUGGCUAUACCGUGACUAAGUUGAAUAAUACUCCAGCACAAGUCAAGAGUAGUACUCCUCAAAAGAGAGGACGACCAACUGCGUCAUCACGCUCUUCAGGCCCUGCCCCAAAGAAAACCGCUGCCAAAAAGAAGCAAGGUUCUAUCGAGAGUUUUUUCAAGAGGUCAAAAUAA